CCUGGCUAUAAAAUAAGGGGGUUUCUCUCUGUUAUAUAUAUAUAGCUCGAAUGAUAAUGAAGGUAGGAACUCAUACAAAAAGUUGCUUGAUGCUCUGCAACUCAGGCAUUCAAGUGGCGUGACAUGACGCCACUUGCGAUACAACGUACGUUGACGGGAGGAUGUGUCGGAAAGUACGAGGACAGUCCGUAACAAGGAUCAUAGAUUUUCCGCCUAUAACCACGCUUUUUGGGCUUUUGGGACUACCUCUUUCUAGAAUUACCAGAAAAAGGGUGAUGCAAGUGGCACGGCCGCUAUUUCAACCGAUUCCGAACACUUGCUGCUUCCGUCAGCGUCAGUCAGAAAAGUUUAUUACGAAAUGAGUCACUUUAUUCCCAUGUUUGGAGCAAGCAAUGGGCUUACCAUGUUUCACGGACUUCAAAACCAAGGGUCAACGCAUUUGUUUGUUAUCCCAAAAUGGACAUUCGUUCGAUCGGGUUCCAGACUUCACCCGAUUGGUUUGACAUCUCAUCAAAGAUCUUUUUUUCUUAUAAAAGAAAGGGACCCGCUCCCCGUGUUUGAUUUGUUAGCCUCUUAUCUCUCCUUUCCAUUCCCCAACCCUCCCUCUUCUUUUCCAAGAGACAAGUACCCCACUAUGGAACAUAUCGAACGCGAAAAGCUUUAUGCUGAUGGCGAGUACCGCUUUAAGUAUGUCAGCAAGUUCAUGGAUUUCGGUGCCGAUGACAUCAAAGCGAUCGAAACCGUUGCUGACAAGAUCCGCCCCUUGGUCCCUGUUGUUGUUGAUGCCGUCUACCAGAAGCUCUUCACAUACGACAUCACCAAGCGCCAUUUCAUGCCCAAGAACGAAGGCUUUGAAGGUGCGACCGCGACGUCUUUGGAGGAGCUUACCCUGGACCAUCCGCAAAUCAAGUUCCGCAAGGAUUUUCUAACAAAGUACCUGAACAAGCUCUUGUCGGGCCCAUACGACGAGCGCAUGCUCCGUUAUCUCGACUGGGUCGCCAAGAUCCAUACGGACACACCUCAAAAAAAGAGCAAGAUCAACGUGGACUACAUCCAUAUCAACGCACUUUUGGGCUACGUGGAAACCACCUUGGUCGGAGGCAUCCUGUCGCUCAAGUUGCCCGAGGAUCAAACCUUGGCUGCUCUAGCUGCUUUCAACAAGCUGUUAUGGAUCCAGAACGACUACUUUGCAAAGUAUUAUUGCAACCCCGCUACACCAUCGAUGUCAUCGUCAGCAGGCUCUAGUAACGGCAUUUUCGGUCAAUGUGGCUCAUAUACAUCUGCAGGCUUUGGUGUGCUUGUAGGAGGAUUGGCGGUUGUGUUGGCGUUAAAAUACAAAAUUUUUUAGAUGAUCUUCUGUUUUCCUUUCCGGCUUUGUAAAUUUAUUUGUAUGCCAUUUUACAUAUUCCUUGGCAAAAGCCGAGUGUGCAUACAUAACAUAACCAUGCUUUACUACAUUUAUUAAACAUAUUCUUUAAUGAUAAUGGUAACAACCCUUGAUAUGCUGGUAGGAUGGAG